AUGAAGCUAAAAGCUGCAGCUGAGGUAAGCACUGUGGCAGCAGAGGGCGUUGGUAACACAUACUAGCUAUUUGAUGUCAUCUGUACUGUAUACUUGCAAUGAGAAUGCUAAAGCUAAUGCUAAUCACUGCCACCAUUUCUAUAGAUUGGAAUCAAUGCCAACCAUGUCAGACUGCCAAAGACUGCCACAGAGGAUGAGGUAAGGACUACAGCUACUAGAUCCAUGUUAUGUUUUGAAAUGCAUGCCCCUAUACGGCCAUAGAAGUGUGUGUAUUUGAACCCACUGGGCACACACUGGUUGAAUUAACAUUGUUUCCACAUCAUUUCAAUUAAAUUACAUUGAACCAACGUGGAAUAGACGUUGAAUUGACAUCUGUGCCCAGUGGGAAGAGACUGAACAAGGAGCAUCUAAAAUAUAACAUAGAUAUGGAUACAACUUUAGGCACAUUUGCCUCAGAGGGCCAUUGAAUCCUCUAGCUAAGCAAAAAAAUACAGGCCUUGUAAAGCAUUUGAAAUAUACAAAAUUAAGCAAGUUUGAUAUUGUGAUUAAUCCAUAGAUAUGAACUUUUAAACAAGUUUGAUAUUAUUUGAAUAAUAGGGCUAUGUUGUUAUUCUGUACUAGCACUUCCUCACCAAUCCCUGACCACCACUCUAAAACCUUGGCCUACACAGGUCCUCCGUAGUAUUGCAGCGGUCAAUGAGAACCCAGAGGUCCAUGGCCUCAUUGUCCAGCUGCCCCUGGACUCUAUCAACUCUAUCAACACAGAGAAGGUGACUAAUGCUGUGGCCCCAGAAAAGGAUGUGGAUGGGUGAGUGACAACUCUCACAGGAAGCCUGCAUAUGCUACCAGGGUUUGGAACCUAAAUAAUUCUCCAAUCGUUUCGUUCUGAACAUAACCAUUCUUUUUUUCAUUCCGUUCCCCUGUUUCGACCAGCAAAAUAAAGUUCUGAACCGGUUCGAACCCCCCACAACGUACCGGUUUAUAUCGUUAAAAUGAAAUACGUUAUUAACCGGUUCCCAUGCUUUUAAAAUAACGGUUCUGUUCUGGAACAGUAUAGAUCACUUUCGUACCGGGUUCUGAUCCUGUUCCUUGAUGUCGUUCUUUUCCCGUUUUCUGUUCUGUUCCCUGAACCGGUUCCAACCCCUGUAUGCUGCUAUUGAUAUUAACAUCGAAACAUACUAUCACUAUUACUAUUGUUUGUACUGUGAGUACUAGGCCUACUGUUACUACUGUUACUAUUAGCGUACACAGUCACACCCUCUCACAAUAAGCUCACAGUGGCAGUGAGGAAAUUGUCUUGGUUUUUAAGUCACCAGGGUUUUUAAGUAAUCAAUCGUUUACUUUUUUACACUUAAAAAAUACGUAUAUAUUAAUACAGCGUAUAGUUCUUUAUAUUUGAGGGACAAACCUAAUUUUAGCACAAGAGAGUCAUUAUACUGCACUUGCAAUCCAGCAGCGUAUUAGCCCAAUGGACUCUGUUGACCUUUCUUGAGAGUGACAUGCCCUGCUGAAAUCAGUCUCUAUUUAGUUUCAUUGUUCCUCAGUCUCUGAGCAAAAGAUACGUCUGUCAGCCGUAAAUAUAUAAAAUAUAUGUUUAUUGGUCAUAAUAAGAGUUUCCCCACCCACCCAACACACACACACCACCCACACAUACACACACCCACCCACACAUACGCAGACACGCACACACACACACACACACACACACACACACACACACACACACACACACACACACACACCCACACAUACGCAGACACGCACACUCACACACGCACACACACACACACACGCACACACACACACACACACACACACACACACACACACACACACACACACACACACACACACACACACACACACACACGCACACACCCCACCACCACUAUGACCCCCCCCCCCCCCCCCCCCCCCCCCAAAACUCCCACACACUUUCACACACCACACCAUCUCCCUGAGGCUCGGGUCUCUUCCAGUUCCAUCUGACUCCCUUCGGUCUGGUUUCAGCCAACAUUUCGCAAAUGUCCAGAACUGUUUGUGCUGUCUUGCCAACUUCUAUGGUCAUGGCAUUUUGGGCACCCUUGGGCUCUGGUCAAAAGAAGUGCACUAUAAAGGGAAUUUGGUGCCAUUUGGGACACUGACCUCCUAUGGGCAAAUAAUGCAGUAUCUUUGUUGUAGUGUGUACACAGCCGUUUGAUUCAAGCACUGGUGUGUAACUAGAGCAAAUAUUUGGAGGGUAUGUGAUCGAGCUAGCGCAUCAGUAAGAUUUGUUGGAGGUGACACAAUGGACCCUUUGAAGGGGUUUGGGUAGUGUUUAGGCAGACUUGUACAAGUCAUUUCUCAGCUUGUGGGAGAGCUUGGAAAUGGAGCUGGUCCAAUUUAGACUGUGAAGGAGAGUGAUGAGUAAAAUUGAUUCCUUGUCCACAUCUUAGGGUGGUAGUGAUUUGUUCUGCAGGUCGUAUAAACUAUGACACAAAUCAGAGGAGGCCCCAAUAUCAAUCCAAUGUCCCCAAAAUACCUUCCGCCGAUUGGGAGUUUAGAACAUUUCCAGAAGCUCUCAGUUUAUGGGAGUGUGUGUGGCACAGUCUGCAUUUGUUUGUUUGGUUGUGUGUGUGUGUGUGUGUUUUAUAGAGAGAUAGAGAGAGAGAGAGUGGGGGGGGGGGAGCAAGAGAGAGAGCGAUGCUACCUAUUCCUUAGCAUCCAUUGCGUGUGAAAUGUGAUGGUAUAGAUUUGUAUGGUUUGUGUGUUCUCAGGCUGACCAGUAUCAACGCGGGGAAGCUCUCUCGGGGUGACCUGGGGGACUGUUUCAUCCCCUGUACUCCUAACGGCUGCAUGAAGCUCAUUAGUCAGACAGGUGAGGGUCACACACCUCUUACUGUUGCCAUGGAGAUUAUUGUAUAGUAGCCGAUGAAUACACAAACACUUCCCUUGAAACACACAAAAGCACGAAACUGGAUACAUAAAGGCAGUAUAGAUUUUUCCUUGUUUAGGAUGCUUGUCAGGGUCAUAAUUGGGUUUGUGCUUUACUGACACAUUUCUCAUACUGUAUGACCUGACCUGACAAUAUUUUCAUGAUAUAACAUUCUAAAAUAAAAAUGUACGUUAUAAUUACUAGAUUUGUGUGUAUUGGGUAUAUGUUGUGAAAUUGUUAGAUAUUACUUGUUAGAUAUUACUGCACUGUCAGAGCUAGAAGCACAAGCAUUUUGCUACACCCGCAAUAACAUUUGCUAAACACGUGUAUGUGACAAAUAACAUUUGAUUUGAUUUGAUUUAAUGAAAAACAAUUAAUCACAUCAAAAUUGCCAAGUGUGUGCGUGAGAAUGAAAUGGAGCAAUGUGUAAUGGUCACCAAUUUUAUCUGUACGUAUAGGCACGUCAGUGGCAGGGAAGAACGCUGUGGUGAUUGGCCGUAGCAAGAUUGUGGGAGCGCCCAUGCACGACCUGCUUCUAUGGAGCCAUGCCACCGUGACUACCUGUCAUUCCAAAACAACUGACCUGGCUGCCCAAGUAACACCCUCUAACCUGACCCCAAAUCUGUGUGUGCUGUCUUGCCAACUGCAUGGCUGUCAUUUGGUGUGACAGUGAUAUAAAUAAAGAGACAGCAGAACAGCACAAACAUAUCUGGACUCAGGCUAGCAUCCCAACCCCCAUCCUAUAAUCACUUGGUUGAAAGGUCAUGUCCUUCCUCUCGCUAAUUUUUUUCUGCAUCUGUUGAAGCAUGAAAUGGUCCCCUCUUGUAAUCGUCACCUCCUCUUGAAUCAUUGACCACCAUUUAGUGCAUUUAUUUUUUAAUAGAUCCACAAUUGUCAUUAAAAAAGUUGGUUUCAUCAACUAACUCCACAAAUGUGCUCAGUGAUGAUACAUUCGGCUAAAAACCUUUAUUUAGAUGCAAUAUGUGUGUUAAAAAAUAUACUGUAUAUACUGAACAAAAAUAUAAACGCAACAUGCAACAAUUUCAAAGAUUUUACUGAGUUAUAGUUCAUACAAAGAAAUCAGUCAAUUGAAAUAAAUAAAUUAGGCCCUAAUUUAUGGAUUUCACAUGACUGGGCAAUAGGUGCAGCCAUUGGUGGGCCCAGUGGGUGGGCCUGGCUCCCACCCACUUGGGAGCCAGGCCCACCCACUGGGGAGCCAGGCCCACCCACUUGGGAGCCAGGCCCACCCACUGGGGAGCAAGGCCAAGCCAAUCAGAAUUAGUUUUUCCACUCAAAAGUGCUUCAUUACAGACAUAAAUACUCCUCAGCACCAGAUAAAUAACUUUUUGUGCAUAUGGAACAUUUGGGGAAUAUUUUAUUUCAGCUUAUGAAACAUGGGACCAACACUUUACAUGUUGGGUUUAUAUUUUUGUUCAGUAUGUGUGUGUAUAUAUAUAUAUAUAUAUAUAUAUAUAUAUAUAUAUAUAUAUAUAUAUAUAUAUAUAUAUAUAUAUAUAUAUAUAUAUACACAGUGGGGAAAAUAUUAUUUAGUCAGCCACCAAUUGUGCAUGUUCUCCCACUUAAAAAGAUGAGAGAGGCCUGUAAUUUUCAUCAUAGGUACACGUCAAUUAUUACAGACAAAUUGGAGAGAAAAAAAUCCAGAAAAUCACAUUGUAGGAUUUUUAAUGAAUUUAUUUGCAAAUUGUAGUGGAAAAUAAGUAUUUGGUCACCUACAAACAAGCAAGAUUUCUGGCUCUCACAGACCUGUAACUUCUUCUUUAAGAGGCUCCUCUGUCCUCCACUCGUUACCUGUAUUAAUGGCACCUGUUUGAACUUGUUAUCCGUAUAAAAGACACCUGUCCACAACCUCAAACAGUCACACUCCAAACUCCACUAUGGCCAAGACCAAAGAGCUGUCAAAGGACACCAGAAACAAAAUUGUAGACCUGCACCAGGCUGGGAAGACUGAAUCUGCAAUAGGUAAGCAGCUUGGUUUGAAGAAAUCAACUGUGGGAGCAAUUAUUAGGAAAUGGAAGGCAUACAAGACCACUGAUAAUCUCCCUCGAUCUGGGGCUCCACGCAAGAUCUCACCCCGUGGGGUCAAAAUGAUCAGUCCCAGAACCACACGGGGGGACCUAGUGAAUGACCUGCAGAGAGCUGGGACCAAAGUAACAAAGCCUACCAUCAGUAACACACUACGCCGCCAGGGACUCAAAUCCUGCAGUGCCAGACGUGUCCCCCUGCUUAAGCCAGUACAUGUCCAGGCCCGUCUGAAGUUUGCUAGAGUGCAUUUGGAUGAUCCAGAAGAGGAUUGGGAGAAUGUCAUAUGGUCAGAUGAAACCAAAAUAUAACUUUUUGGUAAAAACUCAACUCGUUGUGUUUGGAGGACAAAGAAUGCUGAGUUGCAUCCAAAGAACACCAUACCUACUGUGAAGCCAGGGGGUGGAAACAUCACGCUUUGGGGCUGUUUUUCUGCAAAGGGACCAGGACGACUGAUCCGUGUAAAGGAAAGAAUGAAUGGGGCCAUGUAUCGUGAGAUUUGGAGUGAAAACCUCCUUCCAUCAGGAAGGGAAUUGAAGAUGAAACAUGGCUGGGUCUUUCAGCAUGACAAUGAUCCCAAACACACCGCCCGGGCAACGAAGGAGUGGCUUCGUAAGAAGCAUUUCAAGGUCCUGGAGUGGCCUAGCCAGUCUCCAGAUCUCAACCCCAUAGAAAAUUUUUGGAGGGAGUUGAAAGUCCGUGUUGCCCAGCGACAGCCCCAAAACAUCACUGCUCUAGAGGAGAUCUGCAUGGAGGAAUGGGCCAAAAUACCAGCAACAGUGUGUGAAAACCUUGUGAAGACUUACAGAAAACGUUUGACCUGUGUCAUUGGCAACAAAGGGUAUAUAACAAAGUAUUGAGAAACUUUUGUUAUUGACCAAAUACAUAUUUUCCACCAUAAUUUGCAAAUACAUUCAUUAAAAAUUCUACAAUGUGAUUUUCUGGAGUUUUUUUCUCAUUUUGUCUGUCAUAGUUGACGUGUACCUAUGAUGAAAAUUGCAGGCCUCUCUCUUCUUUUUAAGUGGGAGAACUUGCACAAUUGGUGGCUGACUAAAUACUUUUUUCCCCCACUGUAUAUAUAUACAUAUACAGUGCAUUUAUUCAGACCCCUUGACUUUUUCCACAUUUUGUUAUGUUACAGCCUUAUUCUAAAAUUGAUUAAAUUGUUUUUCUCCCUCAUCAAUCUACACACAAUAUCCCAUAAUGACAAAGCAAAAACGGGUUUAUAGAAAUUAUUGCAAAUGUAUAAAAUAAAAUAAAACUGAAAUUCCUUAUUUAAAUAAGUAUUCAGGCAUUUUCUAUGAAACUAGAAACUGAGCUCAAGCGCAUCCUGUUUCCAUUGAUCAUCCUUAAGAUGUUUCUACAACUUGAUUGGAGUCCACUUGUGGUAAAUUCAAUUGAUUGGACAUGAUUUGGAAAGGCACAGACCUGUCUAUAUAAGGUCCCACAGUUGACAGUGCAUGUUAGAGCAAAAACCAAGCCAUGAGCCAGCAUUUUUUUACAUUGUAGAAUAAUAGUGAAGACAUCAAAACUAUGAAAUAACACAUAUGGAAUAAUGUAGUAACCAAAAUUAAACAAAUCAAAACAUAUGUUAUAUUUGAGAAUCUUCAAAUAGCCUUGAUGACAGCUUUGCACACUCUUUGCAUUCUCUCAACCAGCUUCAUUUAACAGGUGUGCCUUCUUAAAAGUUAAUUUGUGGAAUUUAUUUCCUUCUUAAUGUGUUUGAGCCAAUCAGUUGUGUUGUGACAAGGUAGGGGGGUAUACAGAAGAUAGCCCUAUUUGGUAAAAGACCAGGUCCAUAUUAUGGCAAGAACAGCUAAAAUAAGCAAAGAGAAACGACAGUCCAUCAUUACUUUAAGACAUGAAGGUCAGUCAAUAUGGACAAUUUCAAGAACUUUAAAAGUUUCUUCAAGUGCAGUCGCAAAAACCAUCAAGCGCUAUGAUGAAACUGGCUCUCAUGAGAACCGCCACAGGAAUGGAAGACCCAGAGUUACCUCUGCUGCAGAGGAUAAGUUCAUUAGAGUUACUAGCCUCAGACAUUGCAGUUCAAGUCACAGACACAUCUCAACAUCAACUGUUCAGAGGGGACUGUGUGAAUCAGGCCUUCAUGGUCGAAUUGCUGUAAAGAAACUAAUACUAAAGGACACCAAUAAUGAGAAGAGACUUGCUUGGGCCAAGAAACACGAGCAAUGGACAUUAGACCGGUGGAAAUGUGUCCUUUGGUCUGGAGUCCAAAUUGGAGAUUUUUGUUUCCAACCGCCGUGUCUUUGUGAGACACGGUGUGGGAGAACGGAUUAUAUCUGCAUGUGUAGUUCCCACCGUAAAGCAUGGAGGAGGAGGAGUUAUGGUGUGGGGGUGCUUUGCUGGUGACACUGUCUGUGAUUUAUUUAGAAUUCAAGGCACACUUAACCAGCAUGGCUACCACAGCAUUCUGCAGCGAUAUGCCAUCCCAUCUGGUUUGGGCUUAGUGGGACUGUUUUUCAACAGGACAAUGACCCAACAAACCUCCAGGCUGUGUAAGGGAUAUUUUACCAAGAAGGAGAGUGAUGGAGUGCUGCAUCAGAUGACCUGGCCUCCACAAUCCCCCGACUCAACCCAAUUGAGAUGGUUUGGGAUGAGUCGGACGGCAGAGUGAAGGAAAAGCAGCCAACAAUUGCUCAGCAUAUGUGGGGACUCCUUCAAGACUGUUGGAAAAGCAUUCCAGUUGAAGCUGGUUGAGAGAAUGCCAAGAGUGUGCAAAGCUGUCAUCAAGGCAAAGGGUGGCUAUUUGAAGAAUCUCAAAUAUAAAAUAUAUUUUGAUUUGUUUAACACUUUUUGGGUUACUACAUGUUUCCAUAUGUGUUAUGUCGUAGUUUUGAUGUCUUCUCUAUUAUUCUACAAUGUAGAAAAUAGUAAAAAUAAAGAAAAACCCUUGAUUGAGUAGGUGUGUCCAAACUUUUGACUGGUACUGUAUAUAUAAAUUAGCUAAAAUUAGGGGUUGGAACAGGUUCAGGAAACAAGAACCGAAAACCAGAAAAUAAUGACAUUUUUCAAGGAACAGAAUCAGAACUGGGAACGAAAGUGAUCUAUACUCUUUCGGAACAGAACCAUUAUUUUAACCCUUUGAGACCUACGAACACACUGGUGUGAUCAUUCUACAGUUGUCCCUGCAGUGUACGCUCAAACCGGUGUGAUUAGAACACGUAUUUAGAACGUCCAGUUACGAUUGAUGCAACAGUCAGCAUUUGAUCUGGCCACACUGUUUUUUCACAGAAACAUAUUGCACAAACACAGUCUUUACAAUGUUAUGUCCUCAAUGUGAGCAGUUUAUUUUUGGAUGCAAUGUUCAGACAUUCACUGAAGUAGAAACAGCAUAACACAAUUGUCAUCCAAACCGGAAAAUGUGGGCUACAUUAGUCAUAGCGCUAAUUGAGGAAAGAGUGACCUAACACAAGCGGUCAUAUUUAAUUAACUCUCGGCUGACAGAAAUCAUAUAAUAUGAAUUAGCAAAUAGCAAUUACUAUUUACAAUUCAUCACAUCACGGGUGACCUCACCAGCAGUGAACGAAAUAAUUCAGUAAAAUACUUUCUAAAAAUGGGAAGUAAUCCGGCGAUGGGUAGUUUGUUUGUGUCAACCAAAAAUAAGAGGUUACAAGAUGAGUUGGGUCUGUUUGCAGUAUGCAUGUGGAACGGGGUGUGUCAUCUACCAUCAUUCACUUCCAUUUUUCACUUCCGGAAGUUUACUCAAAAGACGAGUGAACCAUCCCUUCACCCCGUUUUGUUAUAACAUCUUUGGUCUAACAGAUGUUUACUCGACAACCAGAAUGCAUUGUAUGAUGUCAACAAACAUGGCGCCAAAUAUAGCUGGAAAUUAGCUUAGCAUUAGCUCAUCAUAAUCAGUACAACCUUCAAAAAAGUAUUUUACACACAUCAUAUGUGUCCAUUACAAUUUAGGCAAGAAUCGAAAUGCAUGAUAUGUCACCAGUACAAAACAGUAAAGAUAUUAUGCUCCAUACAUUUGUCACCAGUACAAAACAGUAAAGAUAUUAUGCUCCAUACAUACAUACGGUGUCGAGUAAAACGACAAAAGUGCUUAUGCAAAGCCCUCACUAUGUCACUCAGAAACGUAUUCCAGUGUCUGCCUGCCAGCUGAACAUUACAUUUACAUUUUUACAUUUUAGUCAUUUAGCAGACACUCUUAUCCAGAGCGACUUACAUGAGCAAUUAGGGUUAAGUGCCUUGCUUAAGGGCACAUCGACAGAUUUUUCACCUAGUCGGCUCGGGGAUUAGAACCAGCGACCUUUCGGUUACUGGCACAACGCUCUUACCCACUAAGCUACCUGCCGCCCGGUGUGUGAGCGUGUGCAGGCUUCAUGCUCCUCCCCCUCCGUAGCAUAGGCUACUGUAGCCUACUGAUGUUACAAACGUGAUUUAGAAAUUAGGGAGAAAGAUUUUUUAUUAGAGGGGAAUGGAUUAACUUUUUCAAUUCUAGUUAAGGAUACUAGUUAUCAUGUUUGCUAUUGGAUUUAUUAAUUACAAAAAGGUAAGACGCAUUUUUAUUUUUAUUCAGGUGCCGCUUUGCACACACAAGCUUGUUAGCUAGCUUUGGUCCAAUGUUAAGCCAAAUCUCGGAAGUUCAAAGACAGCAAAAAUUCCUCCAUAAAAGCCGCUCCUCCGUAGGUAUAAUUCUGUGGAACUAAUUCAGGUAACGCAUGUCAAACCAAGCCUCCUUUGCCACCCUCUCUCCCCACAAUUUCAGUUGCAUCUCUCGCCCUACACUUGUCUGUCCAAUGUAAACAACUAUAGCUUGUAAGCUGCAUUAUCCACACUGAUUGGUGAAGUAAUUUAAUAUCGAGCUAAAUGUAAAAAAAAUAUGAUUUCAGAGGUUUUAAACAGAACAGAAAGGAACUAUAUAAACCGUACUUUUUGGAUGUGAACCAGUUCAGAACUUUAUUUUGCUGGUCCGAACUGUGGAACGGAACGAAAAUAAUAAUGGUUCUGUUCAGAACAAAACGAUUGGAAAAUGGUUAAAAUAUAUUUUCUAAGAUGUAAAGAUAUACCCUAAAACAAUAAGACUGAGACCUAAAGGGUCUAAAUCUAUGUGAAUGUAUGACAUUUUAACCCUUUUUCCAGGUGGGAAGGGCAGACAUAUUGGUGGUGGGUGCAGGCAAGGCGGAGAUGGUGAAAGGCGAGUGGUUGAAGGAGGGUGCUGUGGUUAUUGACUGUGGCAUCAACCACAUCCCAGGUAUGUAUAACAACUAUUUUGUCAAUCACAACCCAAGGGCUACAUCAAGUCAAAUCAAAUUGUAUUUGUCACAUGCGCCGAAUACAACAGGUGUAGAACUUACAGUGAAAUGCUUACUUACAAGCCCUUAACCAAUAAUGCAGUUUUAAGAAAAAUAUGUGUUGAAAGUAAAAAAUAGAUACGUUAAAAAUAGAGCAGCAGUAAAAUAACAGUAGCGAGGCUACAUACAGGGGGUACCGGUACAGAGUCAAUGUGCAGGGGCACAGGUUAGUCGAGGUAAUUGAGGUAGUCUUGAAUAGCAUCCAGUGUCCUUACCGAUCAUUGGUGAUGAAGAACAGGAGAGGAGGAGAGGAAGCCAUUUAACACUAUUAGAACGAAGCAGAAGUCUCCUUUUAAAUUCUUCCUUGUCUGGUGCCAGUCUGUUUCUGCUUUAGCCAACUUGUCAUUAAUGCAACAAUGUGAUGAUGUUGAAUGUAGAAUGUCCAGUAGCCAGGCUACUGCUUGGGUUCUCAGUGACCAUCAACUUCAGCCUUUUGAACUUUGACCCUGACCAUUUGACCCCCACAGAUGACAGCAAAGCCAGUGGGACGCGGGUGGUGGGGGAUGUGCAUUACCCCUCUGCCAAGGAGAAGGCUGGGUUUAUUACCCCUGUGCCCGGGGGAGUGGGACCAAUGACCGUUGCUAUGCUCAUGGAGGUAGGCUGUCAUAAAUUCAAUUAUAUUACUUUUGAGUGUUUUUUUUUUUUUUCGGGCAAAAAAUAUAUAUUCAAUAUUGACGAAGUGCAUUCAAUUUACUUUCUCACAUGAACGUCAAACAGACUUAUUUUGGCUUUUUGCAUUUGUGUAGUUAUCAGUUUUGUUUUCAAAUAAUUUGUCUGAAACAAAUUUUGGCUAUAUUAUAAUGCACAGAAACUCAUUUUGAGCCACGGGGGACAAUUAACAUUCCUGAUUAAAUUGUUUUAAUUUCCUCUCUAAGAUAAAGAUACUAAAUUAAUACAAAAUAAUAGAUAGGACUUUUUCUUGUUCGUACAUAUUCUUGACAGUCUAUUUUAUAGGCAUUACCACAUAAAUAUCUUGGCUUUGACCCUGCCAUGGCUGCUUGCAGCUAUUCUUUUUUGUCAUGUUGCCAACAACACAGAAGUAAAUCUACAGUGAUGGAAAAAGUACCCAAUUGUCAUACAUGGGUAAAAGUAAAGAUACCUUAAUAGAAAAUUACUCAAGUAAAAGUGAAAGUCACCCAGUAAAAUACUACUUGAGUAAAAGUCUAAAAGUAUUUGGUUUGAAAUAUACUUAAGUAUCAAAAGUAAAAGUAAAAGUAUAAAUAUUUUCAAAUUCCUUAUAUUAAGCAUACCAGACGGCAUCAUUUUCUUGUUUUUAUUUAUAUACACGGAUAGCCAGGGGCACGCUCCUACACUCAGACAUAAUUUACAAACGAAUCAUGUGUUUAAUGAGUCCACCAGAUCAGAGGCUGUAUGGAUGACCAGGGAUGUUCUUUUGAUAAGUGUGUGAAUCAGACCAUUCUAUUGUACUGCUAAGCAUUUAAAAAUGUAAUGAGUACUUUUGGGUGUCAGGGAAAAUGUAUGGAGUAAAAAGUACAAAAACAUAAAUAGUAAAGUAAAGUACAGAAAACUAGUACUAAUUUCAAGUAUUUUUACUUAAGUACUUCACACCACCUUAAAUCUAUUAUUUGUUACUGUAAUUAAAAUGGAGGCCCUAGUUAUGCACUUACUGGCUACAUCCCAAAUGAAACCCUAUUCCCUAUAUGGGGCACUACUUUUGAAAAGAUCCCUAUGGAACCUGGUCAAAAGUAGUGCUCUAAAUAGUGAAUAAGGUGCCAUUUAGGACACAUUGUGUCUUUCUCCUUCAUUGCUUUUGAGGGCCCUUUUUCUCUGUGUAGUUUUAAAUGAGGAUGUUUAUGUUAUUAUGAUUUUACUUAACUGUUGAUCAUCAUUGGGGAUUUUUUUUUCUUAAAUAAAAUCAACAACUGUUAACUAUUUCAUCUCGUGUUGUCUUUCUUUGUCAUUUCUAGAACACUGUCCAGAGUGCAAAGCGCUUUCUCAAGACGUACCAGCCAGGAAAGUGGAACAUUUCCUAUGCCAAGCUAAAGCCACAGAAACCUCAACCCAGGUAUAGACUUGAUAUCCUUGCUACAUCUUCACACACUUUAGAGGACUUGCCACAGUUGUGCCUUUUACACUUAUCUCAUAUAGGUGACCCCGUGAUAAUCAGUAAAUUAAAUGAUGAAUCAAUCGAUCAGUCAGCCAAUAAUUUAGUCAGUCAUUCAUUUAGUCAGUCAACCAAUGCAGCCAAUACAGUUAUAUCUUUAUAUUGCCACUACAGUAUCAAUCAAAGGAAGCUCUCCACAUGCUGUAGCUAGUGUGACCUUUUUCAGUGACACCGCGAUCGCACACUCCUUCACGCCAAAGACAAUAGGCCGUCUGGCCAGGGAGGUUGGCCUCUUCUCAGAGGAGGUGGAGCUCUACGGGAUGACCCGAGCCAAAGUUCGUCUGGAGGUCAUGAACCGCCUCAAGGCACAGCCUGAUGGGAAAUAUUUGGUGGUCACAGGGUAAGGGUAGUAAAACUUGAAAGACUGGGCCCAAUGGGACAGUACCCAAUACUCUAGGUCACAUCACAUACCGAUAUGCAGUAUGUGUACCAAUUAACAUUGGCACAGAAAGGUCAUUAUGAGCCUGUAUGGGAUAUGCCCUGGCCUCUGUGUCCGGAAACGGCAAAUUCUGACAAAUGGCACAACAUCGUAUCUGUAAGGCCUUUGACUUCCUCCUUGCAGGAUCACGCCAACGCCACUGGGCGAGGGAAAGACAACCACCACUCUGGGGUUGGCACAGGCCCUAGGGGCACACUUUCAUGUCAACAGUUUUGCCUGUGUACGCCAACCCAGCCAGGGCUCAAACUUUGGGGUCAAAGGUGAGUUUUUUUAGACUAAACAUACUGCUUGGUGUUUCUGUCUUUUAACUUAUUUCACAACUGGAUGACCCAGUUGUUAAUUUGUUUUAAAAUAUAUAUAAAUCCAGCUAAUUUGUCCGACAAAUCACAAGAUUUUCUCUGACGAAUCAGACGAAUCACAAGAUAGCAUACACAGUUGUUGUUGUGUAGUCUCAUUCACAUUCACAAACCUUCCACAUAUUAAAAGCACAUAAUUUAUGGUAAACUUAAAGUGAACCAUGUGUUUCUCAAGUUGGUUUUCAGGCCGCAAAGUGUACUCUGUCAUAAACCAUUUAUAAUCGAUUUGUAAAUAGUUUGUUAAUCAUUUAUUAAUCAUUACUCCCACAUUUGUAAAGAUAAUUAUACACACAUGUUUAAACAAUUAUAAAAUGUACUUUGAUUAUGACUUCUAUGUAGGUGGUGCUGUUGGAGGUGGUUAUUCCCAAGUCUUUCCUAUGGAAGAGGUAUAGCACUUUCUAUUCCUCCCUUAGAUACAUCUAUGGUCACAUUUGAGUGCAGUCUUUCAAUUUGUUCUACCUCACUGAUUCCAGGUCAGUCUCCACCUCACCAGUGACACACAGGCUGUCAUGGCAGCCAGUAGCCUGGUGGUGGACACCAUCAAUGCACGUGUGUUAUCCGAGUCAACACAGUCAGAUAAGGUAAUAAAAAACAAUAUAACAUUAGUCCCAAUAUUAUUUGGUCUCUCCAUUUCAAAAUCCUAUUUCAACUGUUCUUUACUUUGUUUACUAGGAAAUGAUGUGGUAUGUGAGCUUUCUGUUACUUCCAAAACAAAACUUGGUAACUACAUGAUUUAAUAUUACAUGUAACAGUGCUCCUUCACAUUACUCACACAACAAACGUUUUAUUUUAUUUUAUUAUAAAAUCGUCUUCAGAAAGUAUUCACACCCCUUGACUUUUUACACGUUUUGUUAUGUUACAAAGUGGGAUUAAAAUUGAUUUAAUUGUCAUUUUUUGUCAAUGAUCCACACACAAUAAUCUGUAAUGUCAAAGUGGAAGAACAAUUAUAUGAUUUAAAACAAUUUUAUAAAAAUUACAACACUAAUAUAUCUUGAUUAGAUACAGUUGAUGUCAGAAGUUUACAUACACCUUAGCCAAAUGCAUUUAAACUGGAAAAAAAUUGUGUUUGACCAGAUACAAUGCUAUUUGACUGUAAACAAAUUGACAACAAACUUUCAGCAUGCUUAUAGAGAUGGCCAUUCAACAAGCACUUACACAAAUGACUGAUGAUUGGCUGAGAGAAAUUGAUGAUAAAAAGAUUAUGGGGGCUGUUUUGUUAGACUUCAGUGCGGCUUUUGACAUUAUCGAUCAUAGUCUGCUGCUGGAGAAACAUAUGUGUUAUGGCUUUCCACCCCUUCCUAUAAUGUGGAUAAAGAGUUACUUGUCUAACAGAACACAGAGGGUGUUCUUUAAUGGAAGCCUCUCAAACAUAAUCCAGGUAGAAUCAGGAAUUCCCAAGGGAAGCUGUCUAGGCCCCUUGCUUUUUUCCGUCUUUACUAACGACAUGCCACUGGCUUUGAGUAAAGCCAGUGUGUCUAUGUAUGCGGAUGACACAACAAUAUAGACGUCAGCUACUACAGCAACUGAAAUAACUGCAAUGCUUAACAAAGAGUUGCAGUUAGUUUCGGAAUGGGUGGCAAGGAAUAAGUUAGUCCUGAAUAUUUCCAAAACUAAAAGCAUUGUAUUUGGGUAAAAUCAUUCACUAAACCCUAAACCUCAACUACAUCUUGUAAGGAAUAAUGUGGAAAUUGAGCAAGUUGAGGAGACUAAACUGCUUGGAGUAACCCUGGAAUGUAGACUGUCAUGGUCAAAGCAUAUUGAUACUACAGUAGCUAAGAUGGGGAGAAGUACACUACCGUUCAAAAGUUUGGGGUCACUUAGAAAUGUCUUUAUUUUUGAAAUAAAAGCAUUUUUUUUGUUCAUUAAAAUAACAUCAAAUUGAUCAGAAAUACAGUGUAGACAUUGUUCAUGUUGUAAAUGGCUAUUGAGCUGGAAACGGCUGAUUUUUAAUGGAAUAUCUACCUAGGCGUACAGAGGCCCGUUAUCAGCAACCAUCAGUCCUGUGUUCCAGUCUCAACGUCAACAGUGAAGAGGCGACUCCAGGACGCUGACCUUCUAGUAAGAGUUGCAAGGAAAAAGCCAUAUCUCAGACUGGCCAAUAAAAAGAAAAGAUUAAGAUGGGCAGUCUGAGAUAUGGCUUUUCUUUGCAACUCUGCCUAGAAGGUCAGCAUCCCGGAGUCGCCUCUUCAAUGUUGACAUUGAGACUGGUGUUUUGCGGGUACUAUUUAACGAAGCUGCCAGUUGAGGACCUGUGAGGCGCCUGUUUCUCAAAGUAGACACUCUAAUGUAUUUGUCCUCUUGCUCAGUUGUGCACCGGGGCCUCCCACUCUUCUUUCUAUUCUGGUUAGAGCCAGUUUGCGCUGUUCUGUGAAGGGAGUAGUACACAGCGUUGUACGAGAUCUUCAGUUUCUUGGCAAUUUGUUGCAUGGAAUAGCCUUCAUUUCUCAGAACAAGAAUAGACUGACGAGUUUCACAAGAAAGUUAUUUGUUUCUGGCCAUUUUGAGCCUGUAAUCAAACCGACAAUUGCUGAUGCUCCAGAUACUCAACUAGUCUCAAGAAGGACUGUUUUAUUGCUUCUUUAAUCAGCACAACAGUUUAAUCCUAGUAAUCACCACUUUAUUUUAAGAAUGUGAAAUGUCAGAAUAAUAGUAUAGAGAAUUAUUUAUUUCAGCUUUUUUUUCUUUAAUCACAUUCCCAGUGGGGUCAGAAGUUUGCAUACACUCAAUUAGUAUUUGGUAACAUUGCCUUUAAAUUGUUUAACUUGGGUCAAACAUUUCAGGUAGCCUUCCACAAGCUUCCUACAAUAAGUUGGGUGAAUUUUGGCCCAUUCCUCCUGACAGAGCUGGUGUAACUGAGUCAGGUUUGUAGGCCUCCUUGCUCGCACACGCUUUUUCAGUUCUGCCCACACAUUUUCUGGAGGAUUGAGUUCAGGGCUUUGUGAUGGCCACUCCAAUACUUUGACUUUGUUGUCCUUAAGCCAUUUUGCCACAACUUUGGAAGUAUGCUUGGGGUCAUUGUCCAUUUGGAAGACCCAUUUGCGACCAAACAUUAACUUCCUGACUGAUGUCUUGAGACGUUGCUUCAAUAUAUCCACAUAACUUUCCUUCCUCAUGAUGUCAUCUGUUUUGUGAAGUGCACCAGUCCCUCCUGCAGCAAAGCACUCCCACAGCAUGAUGCUGCCACCCCCGUGCUUCACGGUUGGGAUGGUGUUGUUCUGCUUGCAAGCCACACCCUUUUUCCUCCAAAUAUAACAAUGGUCAUUAAGGCCAGACAGUUCUAUGUUUCUAUCAUCAGAUCAUAGGUCAUUUCUCCAAACAGUACGAUCUUUGUCCCCAUGUUCAGUUGCAAACCGUAGUCUGGCUUUUUUAUGUUGGUUUUGGAGCAGUGGCUUCUUCCUUGCUGAGCGGCCUUUCAGGUUAUGUCGAUAUAGGACUCGUUUUACUAUGGAUAUAGAUACUUUUGUACCUGUUUCCUCCAGCAUCUUCACAAGGUCCUUUGCUGUUGUUCUGGGAUUAAUUUACACUUUUUGCACCAAAUACGUUCAUCUCUAGGAGACAGAACACAUCUCCUUCCUGAGUGGUAUGACGGCUGCGUGGUCCCAUGGUGUUUAUACUUGCAUACUAUUGUUUGUACAAAUGCACAUGGUACCUUCAGGCGUUUGGAAAUUGCUCCCAAGGAUCAACCAGACUUUUUUCUGAGUUCUUGGCUGUUUCUUUUGAUUUUCCCAUGAUGUCAAGCAAAGAGGCACUGAGUUUGAAGGUAGGCCUUGAAAUACAUCCACAGGUACACCUCCAAUUGACUCAAAUGAUGUCAAUUAGCCUAUCAGAAGCUUCUAAAGCCAUGACAUUAUUUUCUGGAAUUUUUCAAGCUGUUUAAAGGCACAGUCAACUUAGUGUAUGUAAACUUCUGACCCACUGGAAUUGUGAUACAGUGAAUUAUAAGUGAAAUAAUCUGUCUGUAAACAAUUGUUGGAAAAAUUACUUGUGUCAUACACAAAGUAGAUGUCCUAACCAACUUGACAAAACUAUAGUUUGUUAACUAGACACUCCAACCUAAGUGUAUGUAAACUUCCGACUUCAACUGUGAGCAUUCAACCCCCUGAGUCAAUACUCGGCUCCCGAGUGGCGCAGCAGUCUAAGGCACUGCAUCUCAGUGCUUGAGCCGUCACUACAGACUUCUGGUUCGAUUCCAGGCUGUAUCACAACCGGCUGUGAUUGGGAGUCCCAUAGGGCUCACAAUUGUCCCACAGUUGGGCCAGCGACGUCCGUGUUUGGUUGUGUAGGCCGUCAUUGUAAAUGAGAAUUUCGUUCUUAACUGACUUGCCUUGUUAAAUAAAGGUAAAAUAAAUAAAUAAACAUGUUAGAAUCCCCUUUUGCAGUGAUUACAGCUGUGAGUGUUUUUGGGUAAGUCUCUAAGAGCUUUGCUUACCUGGAUUGUACAAUAUUUGCCCAUUAUUCUUAUCAAAACUCUUCAAGCUCUGUAAGUUGGUUGUUGAUCAUUGCUAGACAGCCAUUUUUAUGUCUUGCCAUAGAAUUUCAAGCCGAUUUAAGUCCAAACUUGAACUAGGACACUCAGGAACAUUCAAUGUCGUCUUGGUAAGCAACUCCAGUGUAUAUUUGUCCUUGUGUUAUUAUCCUGCUGAAAGGUGAAUUUGUCUCCCAGUGUCUGUUGGAAAGCAGACUGAACCAGGUUUUCCUCUAGGAUUUUCCUUGUGCUUAGCUCUAUUAUGUUUAUUUUUAUCCUAAAUAACUCCCUGCUCCUUGCAGAUGACAAGCAUACCUAUAACAUGAUGCAGCCACCACAAUGCUUGAAAAUACAGUGGGGGAAAAAAGUAUUUAGUCAUCCACCAAUUGUGCAAGUUCUCCCACUUAAAAUGAUGAGAGAGGCCUGUAAUUUUCAUCAUAGGUACACGUCAACUAUGACAGACAAAUUGAGAAAAAAAAAUCCAGAAAAUCACAUUGUGUCACGAUCGUUUAAGGAUGCGGACCAAGGCGCAGCGUGAUAAACGUACAUGUUUUAUUUUAGUACACCACACGAACAAAAAACAACAAACGAUACGUGAAGUCCUAGGUUAAUACACAAACCUUUCGGAUCAAGAUCCCACAAAACUAUAGUGCCAACAGGCUGCCUAAGUAUGUUCCCCAAUCAGAGACAACGAGCUACAGCUGUCUCUGAUUGGGAACCACACUGGCCAACAUAGAUAUAGAACGAUCUAGAACAGAAACCUAGAAAACAAAACAUAGAAAAUCCACACCCUGGCUCAACAUUUAAGAGUCCCCAGAGCCAGGGCGUGACACAUUGUAGGACUUUGAAUGAAUUUAUUUGCAAAUUAUGGUGGAAAAUAAGUAUUUGGUCACCUACAAACAAGCAAGAUUUCUGGCUCUCACAGACCUGUAACUUCUUCUUUAAGAGGCUCCUCUGUCCUCCACUCGUUACCUGUAUUAAUGGCACCUGUUUGAACUUGUUAUCAGUAUAAAAGACACCUGUCCACAACCUCAAACAGUCACACUCCAAACUCCACUAUGGCCAAGACCAAAGAGCUGUCAGAGGACACCAGAAACAAAAUUGUAGACCUGCACCAGUCUGGGAAGACUGAAUCUGCAAUAGGUAAGCAGCUUGGUUUGAAGAAAUCAACUGUAGGAGCAAUUAUUAGGAAAUGGAAGGCAUACAAGACCACUGAUAAUCUCCCUCGAUCUGGGGCUCCACGCAAGAUCUCACCCCGUGGGGUCAAAAUGAUCACAAGAACGGUGAGCAAAAAUCCCAGAACCACACGGGGGGACCUAGUGAAUGACCUGCAGAGAGCUGGGACCAAAGUAACAAAGCCUACCAUCAGUAACACACUACGCCGCCAGGGACUCAAAUCCUGCAGUGCCAGACGUGUCCCCCUGCUUAAGCCAGUACAUGUCCAGGCCCGUCUAAAGUUUGCUAGAGUGCAUUUGGAUGAUCCAGAAGAGGAUUGGGAGAAUGUCAUAUGGUCAAAAUAGAACUUUUUGGUAAAAACUCAACUCGUCGUGUUUGGAGGACAAAGAAUGCUGAGUUGCAUCCAAAGAACACCAUACCUACUGUGAAGCAUGGGGGUGGAAACAUCAUGCUUUGGGGCUGUUUUUCUGCAAAGGGACCAGGACGACUGAUCCGUGUAAAGGAAAGAAUGAAUGGGGCCAUGUAUCGUGAGAUUUUGAGUGAAAACCUCCUUCCAUCAGCAAGGGCAUUUAAGAUGAAACAUGGCUGGGUCUUUCAGCAUGACAAUUAUCCCAAACACACCGCCCGGGCAACGAAGGAGUGGCUUCGUAAGAAGCAUUUCAAGGUCCUGGAGUGGCCUAGCCAGUCUUCAGAUCUCAACCCCAUAGAAAAUCUUUGGAGGGAGUUGAAAGUCCGUGUUGCCCAGCGACAGCCCCAAAACAUCACUGCUCUAGAGGAGAUCUGCAUGGAGGAAUGGGCCACAAUACCAGCAACAGUGUGUGAAAACCUUUUAAAGACUUACAGAAAACGUUUGACCUGUGUCAUUGCCAACGAAGGGUAUAUAACAAAGUAUUGAGAAACUUUUGUUAUUGACCAAAUACUUAUUUUCCACCAUAAUUUGCAAAUAAAUUCAUUAAAAAUCCUACAAUGUGAUUUUCUGGAUUUUUUUUUCUCAUUUUGUCUGUCAUAGUUGACGUGUACCUAUGAUGAAAAUUACAGGCCUCUCUCAUCUUUUUAAGUGGGAGAACUUGCACAAUUGGUGGCUGACUAAAUACUUGUUUCCCCACUGUAUGAAGAGUGGUACUCAUGAAUGCGUUGUGUUGGAUUUGCCCCAAACAUAACGCUUUGUAUUCAGGACAAAAAGUUAAUGUCUUUGCCACAUUUUUUGCAUUAUUACUUUAGUGCCAUAUUGCAAACAGGAUCCAUGUUUUGGAAGAAUGUUACAGGCUUCCUUCUUUUCACUCUGUGAAUUAGGUUAGUAUUGUGGAAUAACUACAAUGUUGUUGAUUCAUCCUCAGUUUUCUCCUCUCAUUGGCCUCAUGGUGAAAUCUCUGAGCGGUUUCCUUCCUCUCCGGCAACUGAGUUAGGAAUUAUAUUGAUACACCAUCCAAAGUGUAAUUGAUAACGUCACCAUGAUCUAGAUACAGUGAGGGAAAAAAGUAUUUGAUCCCCUGCUGAUUUUGUACGUUUAACCAUUGACAAAGAAAUUAUCAGUCUAUAAUUUUAAUGGUAGGUUUAUUUGAACAGUGAGAGACAGAAUAACAACAAAAAAAUCCAGAAAACGCAUGUCAAAAAUGUUAUGAAUUGAUUUGCAUUUUAAUGAGGGAAAUAAGUAUUUUACCCCCUCUCAAUCUGAAAGAUUUCUGGCUCCCAGGUGUCUUUUAUACAGGUAACGAGCUGAGAUUAGGAGCACACUCUUAAAGGGAGUGCUCCUAAUCUCAGUUUGUUACCUGUAUAAAAGACACCUGUCCACAAAAAGCAAUCAAUUAAUCAGAUUCCAAACUCUCCACCAUGGCCAAGACCAAAGAGCUCUCCAAGGAUGUCAGGGACAAAAUUGUAGACCUACACAAGGCUGGAAUGGCCUACAAGACCAUCGCCAAGCAGCUUGGUGAGAAGGUGACAACAGUUGGUGCGAUUAUUCGCAAAUGGUAGAAACACAAAAUAACUGUCAAUCUCCCUCGGCCUUUGGCUCCAUGCAAGAUCUCACCUCGUGGAGUUGCAAUGAUCAUGAGAACGGUGAGGAAUCAGCCCAGAACUACACGGGAGGAUCUUGUCAAUGAUCUCAAGGCAGCUGGGACCAUAGUCACCAAGAAAACAAUUGGGAACACAUUACGCGUGAAUGACUGAAAUCCUGCAGCGCCCGUAAGGUCCCCCUGCUCAAGAAAACACAUAUACAGGGCCGUCUGAAGUUUGCCAAUGAACAUCUGAAUGAUUCAGAGGAGAACUGGGUGAAAGUGUUGUGGUCAGAUGAGACCAAAAUGGAUCUCUUUGGCAUCAACUCAACUCGCCGUGUUUGGAGGAGGAGGAAUGCUGCCUAUGACCCCAAGAACACCAUCCCCACCGUCAAACAUGGAGGUGGAAACAUUUCGCUUUGGGGGUGUUUUUCUGCUAAGGGGACAGGACAACUUCACUGCAUCAAAUGGACGUUGGACGGGGCGAUGUACCGUCAAAUCUUGGGUGAGAACCUCCUUCCCUCAGCCAGGGCAUUGAAAAUGGGUCGUGGAUGGGUAUUCCAGCAUGACAAUGACCCAAAACACACAGCCAAGGCAACAAAGGAGUGGCUCUAGAAGAAGCACAUUAAGGUCCUGGAGUGGCCUAGCCAGUCUCCAGACCUUAAUCCCAUAGAAAUUCUGUGGAGGGAGCUGAAGUUUCGAGUUGCCAAACAUCAGCCUCGAAACCUUAAUGACUUGGAGAAGAUCUGCAAAGAGGAGUGGGACAAAAUCCCUCCUGAGAUGUGUGCAAACCUGGAGGCCAACUACAAGAAACGUCUGACCUCUGUGAUUGCCAACAAGGGUUUUGCCACCAAGUACUAAGUCAUGUUUUACAGAGGGGUCAAAUAUUUAUUUCCCUCAUUAAAAUGCAAAUCAAUUUAUAACAUUUUUGACAUGCGUUUUUCUGGAUUUUUUUGUUGUUAUUCUGUCUCUCACUGUUCAAAUAAACCUACCAUUAAAAUUAUAGACUGAUCAUUUCUUUGUCAGUGGACAAACGUACAAAAUCAGCAGGGGAUCAAAUACUUUUUUCCCUCACUGUAUUCAGUCUGCUCUUAUUUAUUUUCACCAAUCUACCAAUAGGUGCCCUUCUUUGCGAGGCAUUGGAAAACCUCCCUGGUCUUUGUGGUUAAAUCUGUGCUUAAAAUUCACUUCUCGACUGAGGGACCUUAAAGAUAAUUGUAUGUGUGUAGUACAGAGAUGAGGUAGUCAUAAAAAAAUCAUGUUACCACUAAUAUUGCACACAGAGUGAGUCCAUGCAUCUUAUUAUGUGACUUGUUAAGCAAAUUGUUACUCCUGUACUUAUUUAGGCAUGUCAUAACAAAGGUGUUGAAUACUUAUUGACUCAAGACAUUUCAGCUUAAUUUUUUUAAUAAUUUGAAUAAAAUAAAAUCCCUUUUAUUAAUUUGUAAACAUUUCAAAAAACUAAAAUCCACUGACAUUAUUGGGUAUUGUAUUGUCUAGAUCAGUGACACGAAUUUCAAUUGAAUCCAUUUUAAAUUCAUGCUUCAACACAACAAAAUGUGGAAAAAGUCAAGGGGUGUGAAUACUUUCUAAAGGCACUUUAUAUACAAGAUGAGUAGCAGAUUGUAAAACAAAAACGUAUUGCAGAGAAACAACUAUAUGAGGAGGAAUGUCUUUGAAUGAAGUUUUGUGUAAUUCAUUACCCUGCCCGUAUAGGCUCUAUUUGAUGGGCUGGUGCCACUGAGGGAGGGUCACAGGAAGUUCUCCCUGUCCCAACUCAAUAGGCUGAAGGCAAGUGGAAUAUCUUCCUCUCUUUAUUGAUGUGGUUAUUACAAAGUAUUGUUUUAAAGCAGACAUCUCAAAGUAAAUUUUCCUAAGGGGCCAUUUCUGUAAAGACAAAUGUGACCGACCGCCUUGAUUCGGUCUUAUGUAGCAAAAUUUGAAAUUGUGUUUUUUACAUUGGAUAAAAGCGGAGACACAGAGCUACAAAAUGGUAUAUCAUACACUGCAUUUAAGGGAACAAUGGGAAAGUAAUUCUGCUUUGAAAGUCGAUAAACUUGUAAUUUCACUUUUGAGAAAAUGGCCUUACUGGUAAAAUGGUACCUACUGAAGAGCCCUUCUUUGUCUACACCCAUUCAGCAUCGUUCACUCCCUCUUAAGCUUUAGCCCCACCCAUCUCUUUCACUCUCGGAGCGUUCAAAGCGCAUACUUGAUGCUCUGGUCGAUGAUUAGGGUUGAUCCGAGCGUUCUGACCUCACAACGGCAGUCAAGCACCAAGAUAACUGGCUAACAUUGGCUAGCUUGCUAGAUACUUCCAGACACAAAAUUGUUAUUAUGGUUAAUUGUUUACCUCUGGAUAACAUGAAAAAAAAAUGGUCAGAGAACACCCCGCCCUAGCAGAGCUGGUUAGGCUAUUUUCAUGUUAUCCAGAGCGUUGGUGACUAACUGUGCUGCUGGCAACAAUUUGAUUAUGCUUUUUUGCCGACGUUUACUGACACCGGCCAUAUUCAACGAGUGUUGUGCGUUCGUAAAUUAAUCAGUUAUUCUGCGCUCUGGCAUACUCAGACUGAAUUUACAAAUGCACCCGAAAUGGUUACACGCAUAGUGGAGUCUUUUGUUAAGAUGUGUAUCUAGCUAGGUAAACAAUGAACCAUAAUCCCAACUCAUGACGUUACUACCCUGCAUGAAUUUGCAGGUAGCUAACCAACCGGGUUGAAGGUUAGCUAGCUAACAUUAGGCUCUAACUAGCCAAGCAAAACCAAGCUAAACAAUGAACCAUAAUCCCAACUCAAGACUUACUACCCUGCAUGAAUCUGCAGGUAGCUUCCAACCAGGUUCAAUGUUAGCAAGCAAAUGGCUCUGAGAUACGAAUAUUAAGAUCAUACACGUAACGCUAGCUAGCAUGCCAGCCAGCUAAUGUUAUCUAACUAGCUAACAGUACACUUUAAGUUGAAAUGAAACUACUUUCUGUCAAAAUUAGAAACAUGUAAUAUCUGAAAAUGUAUCUUACAUCUUACAAAUACAUCAUGCAUGAUGGACGCGUCUCCCUGUCACGGAUGCCAUGGUUGCCCUUAGGUUGAAGAUGUAUUCCGGAGACAGGUGUUUUCUCUAUUUAGCUAUCAUACUCUAAUUCCACUGAUUUCAAAACUUGAUCCUCCUGGCGUAGCAGUGCGGUCGUGUUCCCUUGUGUGUCCAUGUAAAUAGCCUGUUUUUUGUAUUUUUUUGUAUUUUACGUAUAUAUUUCCCUAUCACACUUUUCAUCCUUCUACUAAAUAUACUUUCCUGCAACCGCCUCACACAAUGUGGAACGGAUUCUAUUAUUUACUCACCUUUAUCUAGAAUCUCCAGUUGAAACUAGCCAGCCAGCUAACUAGCUACUUGCUAUUAGCCACCGUUAGCGUUUUUCUUCCAGAACAUCGGAUUUUCUGCCGGAAUAACUGAAUCACUGGACCUUAAUACCAGAUUGCAACUAGCUAGCUGCAACCGAAUGGAUGUCGAAUGGAUGUUGCUGUAGGCUAAUCACCACUGCCCCCGAAGCAAGCACCAGUUAGCCUUGAGCUAGCCUCUGUCUACCGGAUGGGAGUAGCCAGCUAACCAGCUAACUAGCUACUUGCUAUUAGCCACCGUUACACCAUUGUCCGUGGCCUGCACUACCUACCAGCCAGCUCUAGCCUGGACUAUUAUCGUCCAGUCUGCACUGUCUGCACAGCGCAUUAUCGAUCCAGAACAUAUCGGAUUUUCUGCCGGAAUCACUGCAUCACUGGACCUUUAACACUGGAUAAUCGCAACUAGCUAGCUGCAACCAAAUGAACGUUGUUGUUGGCUAAUCAGCCUUGAGCUAGCAUUGAGUCAGGCACAUAUCCCGGCUAUCUACCUCUCUGUCAACCGGACGGGACCUCCUAGAGUCAAUACACGGAGCCCCGCCGAUCCAUCACGACUGGUCUGCCGACGUAAUCGUCUGUGGUUUCAACAGGCUUCCCGUUGCGACGACCACGAAGAUCCAUCUGUUAGUCCCGGCCCGCUAGCACACGCAAACAACAGCUGUGCUUCCUGCUCGCUGUGCUGUAGCACCAAUUCGAACUGCUCUCGGACUCACAUAUUGCUGUUCACUGGACCUUAUGAUCACUCAGCUGCACAGCUGAUGCCUGCUGGACUGUUCCUUUACACGGUACCCUGUCCUGUUUAUCUGUUUAGCCUAAGCCCAAACUUUAUCGCCAUUACCACCUGUGAUUGCUUUAUGCCUCUCUCCCAUGUCAAUAUGCCUUGCCUAUUGUCACGAAUUCCGCCGAGACUGCUCCUCCUCCUUGUUCGGGCAGGCUUCGGCGUUCGUCGUCCCCGGAGUACUAGCUGCUACCGCUUGAUGUUCUCUAUGUUUGUUUGGUUUUGUCUUGUUGGUGCACCUGUGUCGUAUUAUGUAUUGAUUAUGUCACCUAUAAGUUUCCUUUGGUUUUGUUUGCAGUUGUGUGUCGUUGUACACCUGUCCGUUGGUGUAUGUGUAUCGUUUUCUUGUUGUUAGUGUUUUAUGCACCGUUUGCGUAAUCGCUCGCCUCCUGUGUUUUGAGGCCCGUAAUUUUGUAUUUGUCUUUGUGACAAUUAAAGUCGGUUCGACUAAGCUUCUGUGUCCUGCGCCUGACUCCAACAUCGCAUCCACAUCAGCCCUUGACAGAACGACACACCAUACAUGGAGUCAGCAGGAGCAGCGGCGGCGACCGAGUCGCUGGAGGAUCGGGUCAGCUGCCAGGACGCCCAGAUCCAGCAACUCGGCUCCGCCAUGCAGGAGGUAAUGAACACCCUGCGCCGAUGGGAAAGGGGAGGCGUGCCCUCACCUCCUCCUACAUUACCACCACCAUCGGCCAGCCCCACCAGACCAGCUCCGGAAUCCAGUGGGAUUCGGCUCUCGCUCCCGAGGGCGUAUGAUGGCACCGCAGCCGGGUGUCAGGGGUUCCUCCUUCAGGUGGAACUCUACCUGGCCACCAUACACCCGGCGCCCUCGGGAUAAGAGAUCGUUUCCGCCCUCAUCUCCUGUCUCUCCGGCAAGGCGUUGGAGUGGGCCAACGCCGAAUGGAGGGGAAUAGACGCCGCCACCAUUAGCUACGCUGAGUUCUCCCGCCGCUUCAGGGCUGUUUUCGAUCACCCUCCUGAGGGUAAAGCGGCGGGGGAGCGUCUGUUCCACCUCCGACAGGGGAAGAGGAGCGCACAGGAGUUCGCCCUGGAUUUCCGGACUCUAGCGGCGGAUGCGGGGUGGAAUGAGAGGGCCCUCAUUGACCACUCUCGUGUAGCCUGCGUGAGGACAUUCGUCGAGAGCUGUCCUGCAGGGACACCAAUCUGUCCUUCGACCAGCUAGUGGACAUGUCCAUCCGUCUGGAUACCCUGCUGGCCACCCGCGGACGUCCCGAGAUGGGGCCGUCCAUUCCAUCCUCCAGCACCUCCGAGCCGAGCCCUAUGGAGCUCGGGGGUGCUGGCGCUAGAGAGAGAAGGAGAGAGAACCCGAGGGGGGCCAUCCCCUGCACCAGCUGUGGCUGUGGAGGACACACUGCGGCUAGGUGCUGGGGAGGGUCUCCAGGGAAUCGGGGCAACAGGCCGCGCACUGGGGAGUCAUUUCAGGUGAGUAGGCGCCCCACUCACCCAGAGCUCUCUGUUGUUCACUUGUGUAUACCUGUGGUAUUUCCUCAGGUUGCAUCUCAUUCCCAGCAUAAGGCGCUAGUCGAUUCAGGCGCAGCUGGGAAUUUUUUUGAUCUGAAAUUUUGUUCUAAGUUAGGGAUUCCCCUCCUGCCCGUUGAUCAUUACGCGGAGCAUGUUUUUUCACAAAACUGGAUCUCAGGAGCGCUUAUAACUUGGUGCGCAUUAGGGAGGGAGACGAAUGGAAGACGGCAUUUAGUACCACCUCAGGUCAUUAUGAGUAUCUUGUCAUGCCAGACGGGUUAAUCAAUGCUCCUUCAGUCUUCCAAUCCUUUGUGGACGAGAUCUUCCGGGACCUGCAUGGGCAGGGAGUGGUAGUGUACAUUGACGACAUCCUAGUGUACUCUGCUACACGAGCAGAGCAUGUAGCCCUGGUGCGCCGAGUGUUGGGUAGGCUGUUGGAGCAUGACUUGUAUGUCAAGGCAGAGAAAUGUCUGUUUUUCCAGGAGUCCAUCUCCAUCUUGGGUCAUCGGUUGUCCGCGUCAGGGGUGAAGAUGGAGAUUGACCGUGUGUCAGCCGUGCGUAACUGGCAAACCCCAACCACUGUUAAAGAGGUGCAGCAGUUUUUGCCAAUAACUACCGGAGGUUUAUCCGGGGUUUUGGACAGGUGGCAGCUCCCAUUACUUCCCUGCUGAAGGGGGGACGGUGCGUUUGCAGUGGUCGGCUUAAGCGGACAGGACGUUCCAGGUAGAGGUGGACGCGUCAGAGGCCGGUAUUGGGGCAGUACUGUCACAACGCUCCGGCACGCCUCCUAAGCUCCGUCCCUGCGCUUUUUUUUCUAAAAAGCUCAGCCCGGUGGAACGUAAUUAUGACGUAGGGGACAGGGAGCUGUUAGCCGUGGUUCAAGCCCUAAAGGUGUGGAGGCAUUGGCUUGAGGGGGCUCAACACCCUUUUCUCAUUCUGACUGACCAUCGUAACCUGGAGUACAUCCGGGCAGCUAGGAGAUUGAACCCUCGUCAGGCUAGGUGGAACAUGUUUCUGACCCGGUUCAUUUUUAAGAUCACUUACAUCCCAGGGUCCCAGAACGGUAAGGCAGACACCCUGUCCCGGCGGUAUGACACAGAGGAGAGGUCCAUUGAGCCCACUCCCAUACUGCCGGAGUCUUGUCUGGUGGCACCGGUGGUAUGGGAGGUCGAUGCGGAAAUUGAGCGGGCGUUACGCACCGACCCUACUCCCCCAGAGUGUCCAGCGGGUCGGACGUACGUGCCGCUCGAGGUCCGUGAUCAUCUCAUUUAUUGGGCUCAUAUGUCACCCUCCUCUGGACAUCCAGGUAUUGGCCUGACAGUGCACUGCCUUAGUGUUAAGUACUGGUGGCCAACAUUGGCUAGGGACGUGAGGGUUUAUGUCUCCUCUUGCUCGGUGUGCGGCGCCCAGGGGGAAGUUACAACCCCUGCCCGUUCCACAACGGUCGUGGUUUCACCUCUCGGUGGACUUUGUCACGGACCUUCCCCCCUCUCAGGGGAAUACCACUAUUCUGGUCGUUGUGGAUCGGUUCUCUAAGGCAUGUCGUCUCAUUCCAAUGCCGGGUCUCCCUACUGCCCUACAGAACGCUGAGGCUUUGUUCACCCAUGUCUUCCAGCACUACGGGGUUCCCGAGGAUAUAGUGUCUGAUCGGGGUCCCCAAUUCACCUCUAGAGUCUGGAGGGCGUUCAUGGAACGCUUGGGGGUCUCGGUUAGCCUUACCUCGGGUUACCACCCUGAGAGUAAUGGGCAGGUGGAGAGAGUGAACCAGGAUGUGGGUAGGUUUCUGAGAUCCCUAUUGCCAGGGCCGGCUGGAGGAGUGGUCGGGGUAUAUCCCCUGGGCAGAGAUGGCACAGAACUCUCUGCGCCAUUCCUCUACUAACCUGACCCCUUUUCAGUGUGUGUUAGGGUAUCAGCCGGUUCUGGCACCAUGGCAUCAGAGCCAGAUCGAGGCUCCUGCGGUGGAUGAGUGGUUUCGGGGCUCGGAGGAGACGUGGAACGCUGCACACGUCCAUCUGCAGCGGGCCAUCCGCAGGCAGAAGGCGAGCGCCGAUCUCCACCGCAGUGAGGGUCCAGUAUACGCCCCUGGAGAUCGAGUCUGGCUCUCGACUCGAAACCUGCCCCUUUGCCUGCCCUGCCGGAAGCUUGGCCGGCAGUUUGUGGGGCCAUUUAAAGUCCUGAGGAGAUUGAACGAGGUGUGUUACAAGUUGCAACUGCCUAAUGACUAUCACAUUAACCCCUCGUUCCAUGUGUCUCUCCUCAGGCCGGUGGUAGCUGGUCCACUCCAGGAGAGUGAGAUAAGAGGGACCCCUCUGCCCCCACUGGACAUCGAGGGGGCUCCGGCGUACUCAGUCCGGUCCAUCGUGGAUUCGAGACGUCGGAUGGGGGGUCUACAAUAUCUCGUGGAGUGGGAGGGGUACGGUCCGGAGGAACGGUGCUGGGUGCCUAGGAGGGACAUUUUAGAUCCAUCCCUCCUGACUGAGUUCCACCGUUGUCAUCCUACGCGCCCUGCUCCACAUCCUCCUGGCCGUCCCCGAGGCCGGGGUCGGCGCACGGCUGGAGCCGCACGUCAAGGGGGGGGUACUGUCACGAAUUCCGCCAAGACUGCUCCUCCUCCUUGUUCGGGCAGGCUUCGGCAUUCGUCGUCCCCGGAGUACUAGCUGCUACCGCUUGAUGUUCUCUAUGUUUGUUUGUUUUUGUCUUGUUGGUGCACCUGUGUCGUAUUAUGUAUUGAUUAUGUCACCUAUAAGUUUCCUUUUGUUUUGUUUGCAGAUGUGUGUCGUUGUACGCCUGUCCGUUGGUGUAUGUGUAUCGUUUUCUUGUUGUUAGUGUUUUACGCACCGUUUGCGUAAUCGCUCUCCUCCUGUGUUUUGAGGCCCGUAAUUUUGUAUUUGUCUUUGUGACAAUUAAAGUCGGUUCGACUAAGCUUCUGUGUCCUGCGCCUGACUCCAACAUCGCACCACAUCAGCCCUUGACACCUAUUGCUGUUCCAGUUAGUUCUUAUUAUACAAUUUCACUGUAGAACCCCAAGUCCCUCUCAAACUGCCUCAAAUAGUUCAUUUUUUCCACCCCCCAUACACGCAGAGACUGGCUCAAUCGGUGCCUCCAGUGAUGCUAUAUUCUUUCAUUGUUUCCCAACGCUUAGGUUUACCUCUACUGUACUCAUAUCCUUCCAUAUCCUUGUCUGUACAUAAUGCCCUGAAUCUAUUCUACAACGCCCGGAAAUCUGCCCCCUUUAUUCUCUGUACCCAACGCACUAGAAGACCAGUUCUUAAAGCCUUUAGCUGUAUCCUUAUUCUAAUCCUCCUCUGUUCCUCUGGUGAUGUAGAGGCUAACCCAGGCCCUGCAGCCCCCAGUAUCACUCCUACUCCCCAGGAGCUAUCAUUUGUUGACUUCUGUAACCGUAAAAGCCUUGGUUUUCUGCACGUUAACAUCAGAAGCCUCCUUCCUAAAUUUGAGUUAUUCACUGCGUUAGCACACUACGCCAACCCUGAUGUUCUAGCAGUGUCUGCCACAUUUUUAUUGGCAGACUAAAUAGCCUUGGUUUCUCAAAUGACUGCCUCGCCUGGUUCACCAACUACUUCUCAAUGUGUCAAAUCGGAGGGCCUGUUGUCUGGACCUAAGGCAGUCUCUAUGGGGGUGCCACAGGGUUCAAUACUUGGGCCGACUCUUUUCUCCAUGUAUAUCAAUGAUGUCGCUCUUGCUGCUGGUGACUCUCAGAUCCACCUCUACACAGACGACACCAUUUUGUAUACAUCUGGCCCUUCAUUGAACACUGUGUUAACAAACCUCCAAAUGAGCUUCAAUGCCAUACAACACUCCUUCCGUAGCCUCCAACUGCUCUUAAACACUAGUAAAACUAAAUGCAUGCUGGCACCCGCCCACACGACUAGAAUCACUACUCUCGACGGGUCUGACUUAGAGUAUGUGGACAACUACAAAUACCUAGGUGUCUGGUUAAAAAAAACAAAAAAAACAUUGUAAAGUGGUUAUCCCACUGGCUAUAAGGUGAAUGCACCUAUUUGUAAGUCGCUCUGGAUAAGAGCGUCUGCUAAAUGACGUAAAUGUAAAUGUAAUGGUUAGACUGUAAACUCUCCUUCCAGACUCACAUUAAGCAUCUCCAAUCCAAAGUUAAAUCUAGAAUCGGCUUCCUAUUUUGCAACAAAGCCUCCUUCACUCAUGCUGCCAAACAUGCCAUCGUAAAACUGACUAUCCUACCGAUCCUUGACUUCGGCGAUGUCAUUUACAAAACAGCCUCCAACACUUUACUCAGCAAAUUGGAUGUAGUCUAUCACAGUGCCAUCCAUUUUGUCACCAAAGCCCCAUAUACUACCCACCACUGUGACCUGUACGCUCUUGUUGGCUGGUCCUCACUACAUAUUCGUCGCCAAACCCACUGGCUCCAGGCCAUCUAUAAAUCCCUGCCUUAUCUUAGCUCAUUGGUCACCAUAGCAACACCCACCCGUAGUAUGCGCUCCAGCAGGUAUAUCUCACUGGUCAUCCCCAAAGCCAACACCUCCUUUGGCCGCCAUUCCUUCCAGUUCUCUGCUUCCAAUGACUGGAACGAAUUGCAAAAAUCUCUGAAGCUGGAGACUCUUAUCUCCCUCACUAACUUUAAGCAUUGCAAGUUGUCAGAGCACCUUACCAAUCACUGCACCUGUACACAGCCCAUCUGAAAUUAGCCCACCCAACUACCUCAUCCCCAUAUUGUUAUUUAUUUUGCUCAUUUGCACGCCAGUAUCUCUAUUUGCACAUCAUCUCUUGCACAUCUAUCAUUCCAGUGUUAAUACUAAUUGUAUUUAUUUUGCACUAUGGCCUAUUUAUUGCCUUACCUCCAUAACUUGCUACAUUUGCACACACUGUAUAUAUAUUUUCUGUUGUAUUUUUGACUUUAUGUUUUGUUUUACCCCAUAUGUAACUCUGUGUUGUUGUGGAGAGCAACACGUAUGCAGCUCCACUACACAAUACGUUUAAAAAAAAGCGCGUUAAACAGGAUUACCUACACAUACUGACCAGCUCAAAUAGACAGAAGCGUGCUAUAUGGCAGACCAAUCCAAACUCCUCUCUCGGCAUUUCCAGCCCACUCAUUAUAUCAGCCAAUCAUGGCUAGUGAGAAGGUUGCUGUCUUUUUCUAUGGUUUAACCAACUAGGCUCGUAAUUUAACAAUUUUAUUCAUAUUUACAGAUGGAAUACAAGUUUGUUAUUAAGGCACAUGUAAGUUCACAUGUUCCAGAAGGCAUUUUUUAAAAGUUUACGUUCAAAUGGCUCUCCUGUGAAGUAGUGACCCGCGACAUAUGCCUAGUUUCCUGAAUCGAGUCACAAAUACUGUAAGUGCCUUACAGAAAAUGUCAAAGGGGUAGACCAUUGUCGAAAAAACCACAAAGGAAUAGUGAAUGUACAAAUUCAUGUAAAGAGUUAGCAAUUGCCGUGUUUCCAAGAUAGAAAUUGGGAAUUAAUAGCUUUCUUAAUAAAAGGAGUAUAGGGUUUAAUUCAAAUAGCAGCCCUCAAAUGGGCCAUGGGGGGAAUGUUGGACACAUGUUUUAGGGCUCAUUCUUUUUUAUGUUGGGGGGGGGGGGGGGGGGGUCUUGUCGUUCUUGCAGCUGAUUGUUUUCCUUGUAAUGUGUUUGUAGAGACUGGGUAUAGAGAAACCAGAAACCCUGAAACCAGAGGAGAUAUACCAAUUUAUCCGUUUGGACAUUGACCCGGAGACCAAGACGGUAUGUCACUUAUCAUGAGGUGUAGCCUGGUUCCAGAUCUGUUUGUAUUGUCUUGCCAACUCCUAUUGUUUGGUAAUUGGCGUGACAAUGAUGAUAGGAGUUGACAAGAACGCACAAACAGAUCUAGGACCAGGCUACAUGAGGAGUACAAAUGAUUCCCUCAUGAACAUCCGUUCACAAGUAUUCUUCCAUCAGCGACUGUAUACAGUUACAUUUUUUAUGUAACACACAGAGAUACUGAAUGUCCCUUGAAACAACUGUGAAUGAGAAUGAUUGACAAAACAUCAAUGGAGUUGGAGGUAACCUUACCUCUCUGCAGACCUACUGGUCAGUAGGUACCGUUGAAGAUGGAAGUUUACAUACACCUAUGCCAAAUACAUUUAAACUCAGUUUUUCCACAAUUCUUGACACUUAAUCCUAGUAAAAAUUCCCUGUUUUAGGUCAGUUAGGAUCACCACUUUAUUUUAAGAAUGUGAAAUGUCAGAAGAAUAGUAGAGAGAAUGAUUUAUUUAAGCUUUUAUUUCUUUCAUCACAUUCCCAGUGGGUCAGAAGUUUACAUACACUCAAUUAGUAUUUGGUAGCAUUGCCUUUAAAUUGUUUAACUUGGGUCAAACGAUUCGUGUAGCCUUCCACAAGCUUCCCAUAAUAAGUUGGGUGAAUUUUGGCCCAUUCCUCCUGACAGAGUCAGGUUUGUAGGCCUCCUUGCUCGCACACGCUUUUUCACUUCUGCUCACACAUUUUCUAUAGGAUUGAGGUCAGGGCUUUGUGAUGGCCACUCCAAUACCUUGACUUUGUUGUCCUUAAGCCAUUUUGCCACAACUUUGGAAGUAUGCUUGGGGUCAUUGUCCAUUUGGAAGACUCAUUUGCGACCAACCUUUAACUUCCUGACUGAUGUCUUGAGAUGUUGCUUCAAUAUAUCCACAUAAAUUUUCUUUCCUCAUGAUGCCAUCUGUUUUGUGAAGUGCACCAGUCCCUCCUGCAGCAAAGCACCCCCACAGCAUGAUGCUGCCACCCCCGUGCUUCACGGUUGGGAAGGUGUUGUUCGGCUUGCAAGCAACCCCCUUUUUCCUCCAAACAUAACGAUGGUCAUUAUGGCCAAACAGUUCUAUUUUUCUUUAAAUCAGAUCAGAGGACAUUUCAUCAAAAAGUACGAUCUUUGUCCCCAUGUGCAGUUGCAAACCGUAGUCUGGCUUUUUUAUGUUGGUUUAGGAGCAGUGGCUUCUUCCUUGCUGAGCUGCCUUUCAGGUUAUGUCGAUAUAGGACUCGUUUUACUGUGGAUAUAGAUACUUUUGUACCUGUUUAUUCCAGCAUCUUCACAAGGUCCUUUGCUGUUGUUCUGGGAUUGAUUUGCUCUUUUCGCACCAAAGUACGUUAAUCUCUAGGAGGCAGAACGCGUCUCCUUCCUGAGAAGUAUGAUGGCUGCGUGGUCCCAUGGUGUUUAUACUUGCGUACUAUUGUUUGUACAGAUGAACGUGGUACCUUCAGGCGUUUGGAAAUUGCUCCCAAGGAUGAACCAGACUUGGGGAGGUCUACAAUUAUUUUUCUGAGGUCUUGGCUGAUUUCUUUUGAUUUUCACAUGAUAUCAAGCAAAGAGGCACUGAGUUUGAAGGUAGGCCUUGAAAUGCAUCCACAGGUACACCUCAAAUUAUGUCAAUUAGCCUAUCAGAAGCUUCUAAAGCCAUGACAUGAUUUUCUGGAAUUUUCCAAGCUGUUUAAAGGCACAGUCAACUUAGUGUAUGUAAACUUCUGACCCACUGGAAUUGUGAUACAGUGAAUUAUAAGUUAAAUAAUCUAUCUUUAAACAAUUGUUGGAAAAAUUACUUGUGUCAUGCACAAAGUAGAUGUCCUAACCGACUUGCCAAAACUAUAUUUUGUUAACAAGACAUUUGUGGAGUGGUUGAAAAACGAGUUUUAAUGACUCCAACCUAAGUGUAUGUAAACCUCUGACUUCAACUGUAUAUUUUUAAGGUUAUAUCUAAUAAACUCCUUCCAAACAGCUGAGUGGGUCUGUGGCCAGUGAGAUGAUGGCGGUGUUGGCCCUCAGUACCAGUCUGGGGGACAUGACGCGUCGUCUGGCCAGGAUGGUGGUGGCCUACAGCCGCAAGGGGAAUCCCAUCACAACAGAGGACCUGGUCAGUGUGUGUGUGUGUGUGUGUGUGUGUGUGUGUGUGUGUGUGUGUGUGUGCGUGCGUCUGUGCAUGUGUAUUUAAAAAGAAGCGAGAGAGAGAGCACUUUUUUGCCAAUUACGAUAUGCGUUAGCAAGUGUGCAAAUAAUGGUUUGUGGACGAACGUGUGUCCACUUACUGCUCUUUUCUAUAUAAUUUCCAAUCAUGGUGUGCAACCAGAGCGAGUGCUAUUCUUAUUGUAUCUGAGUGAUUUGAAUAACAUGUUAUUAGAGUCUCUUGCUGUGUUUGCCCCACAGAGUAUUAGUGGAGUGUUGGCCACGUUGAUGAGAGAUGCUGUGAAGCCCAGUCUAAUGCAGACCAUGGAGG